AUGGAAAACCUUCUUCCCCAACUGCCUCCAUCCACAAACCAAAAUAUUAAGCGGAUCAAAAGGCCGCAAUCAGAGUCCUCCAUCAAUGACUUACCAGACGAGAUACUUUCGCAUAUUCUCUCUUUUCUCACAGCCAAACAUGCUUUCAAAACAAUCAUUCUUUCCAAGAAGUGGAUCCCACUAUGUCACUCACUCUCAGUUUUACACAUCGCCGAUGAUGGAAUCGUCAACAACGCACAGAACAGGAUUCACUUGCUUAGAUUGGUGGAAGCGUUUAUGUUCUCUCCACACUCUCAGCAUCUUCCCCUCAAAUCUUUUAUUCUCAAUUGUCGUUCCCAAACCUGGGAUGCCAAAACCGACCCUUCCACUUUCGACAAACUUAUUGAAGCAGCUAAACUACGUCGCGUCAUUUAUCUCUAUCUAUACUUGUUAUACAUCCCUUUGGCUCCUACCAUUUUCUGCUUCAAAACACUUGUCUCCAUGACAUUAAUCAAAAUACGUCCAGACACUUUGUUUCAUUCUUCCGUCGAUCUUCCUUCGCUCAAAACCCUCUAUAUGUAUGAUGUUUGUUUUCAUCAUAUAGCCGAUUUCAUGAAACUUCUCUCUGGGUGUCCCGUAUUGGAGAAAUUGAGUACUGUAUUUGUUCAAGCAAAUGACAGGUCUGCAACAAAAGUGUAUUUUAAACCCUUGUCCAAGUUGAUCACCGCCGAUAUCGUUUUAUUCGAGAUUCCAUUUAAAGUUGUAUAUAAUGUCCAGCAUCUAAAUAUAUCAGGGUUAGGGCAUAGUCUUAAUGAUAAAAAAACCGAUUCAUUUUACAAAGAGUUCCCAGUAUUUGAAAACUUAAAAGUACUUAAUCUAUGUUGGAGUACUACUGCCCAAAUUCAUGAAUGGGAUGAAGCAAAGAGUUCACCAACCAAAGAGGAUUGGAAAUACCCAUACCAUGUUCCUCAAUGUCUAUCAUCUCAUCUAACAACGAUUAACAUUACAGAAUAUGAAGCUAUCGAAGCUGAUUUUCGAUUCGCAGCAUAUAUUUUGGAGAAUGCGAGACAUUUAGAGAAGAUGACCAUUUGCCGUAAUCAUUUCCCAAAACCAAUGGAGAGCCCCCAUUUUUUAAGUGAUUUAUUCUCUUGUUCAAGGAUAUCUCCUGCGUGUAAGCUGUCAUUUUCUGAGUUCAAGUUAAUUGUCACUUGA